AUGAUACUGACCAAAGCCCAGUACGACGAGAUAGCCCAGUGCCUAGUGUCUGUACCGCCUACCAGGCAGAGCCUGAGGAAGCUGAAGCAGAGGUUCCCCAGUCAAUCGCAGGCCACUCUGCUGAGCAUCUUCUCCCAGGAGUACCAGAAACAUAUUAAAAGAACACAUGCCAAACAUCAUACUUCAGAAGCGAUUGAAAGUUAUUAUCAGAGGUACCUAAAUGGAGUGGGGAGAAAUGGAACUGCCCCAGUGCUCCUGGAGCUGGCCAAUGAGGUAGACUAUGCACCCUCAUUAAUGGCUCGGAUUAUACUGGAGAGAUUUCUGCAAGAGCAUGAGGAAACUCCACCCUCCAAGUCUGUUAUAAAUAGUAUGCUACGGGACCCUUCUCAGAUUCCAGAUGGAGUUCUAGCAAAUCAGGUCUAUCAGUGCAUCGUGAACGACUGCUGUUAUGGACCACUGGUGGACUGCAUCAAACAUGCCAUUGGUCAUGAGCACGAAGUCCUGCUAAGAGACAUGCUUCUGGAGAAAAACCUUUCCUUCCUAGAUGAAGAUCAGCUCCGUGCAAAGGGUUAUGACAAAACACCAGACUUUAUUUUACAAGUUCCAGUUGUAAUGCUUUGUCCCUUAGCUGUAGAAGGGCACAUAAUUCACUGGAUUGAAAGCAAAGCCUCAUUUGGUGAUGAAUGUAGCCACCAUGCCUACCUGCAUGACCAGUUCUGGAGCUACUGGAAUAGAUUUGGGCCGGGCUUAGUCAUCUAUUGGUACGGCUUCAUCCAGGAGCUGGACUGUAACCGGGAGAGGGGCAUCCUGCUCAAAGCCUGUUUCCCCACGGACAUUGUCACCUUAUGCCACAGCGUCGCCUGACCCUGAUGAUCCUGGAAGAGAAGCCGGGAGGAAAAGGUGAAUCCGGAAGCAAUUUGACUUUCCUGCCGUGUAAACUCCUGGCAGCAUCUGCCCUGAACUUGAGCUGAACUCUUGCUGCCCGUGGCCACGCCACUACCUCUUUAGACAAACAUAUCAGGAGUUUCUGUUUUCCUUCAUCCCUUGCUGAUGUGAACAGCCAAGAACUACAGACACAACCCACUCAUUAUCAGCAUUUCUGUCUCUGUCAAACAGUUAGUUUACAGAUAGUCAUAAUCUCUCUUCCUUCCGGAUGGUUUCUCCUUGUAUACUGAACAAAAGAAGAAAUGUGGGGCCUGAAAGGUGUGAUUUUUCAAU